AUGAUAAGCUUCGGAUCUUAUCAGAUUCCAGCAACAAGAGCGGCUGCAUCAAGAACCCGGCAUACGCUAUGCCCACAAGGUGAUCGCCAAUACCCUUUUGCUAGACAUGACUGCUCAAACGUCACGACGCAAGAGCUCGAGCUGCUUGAUGAAGGGAUAAUCCAGAAGCUCAAACUCUGGAUGAUGGAACGAGAUGAAAGGAGACUUGCGAGAGACGAGCAAGGCAGUCGUGUUGGUGAACUCCUUCCUACAUGUAAUGAGGAACGCAGAGCUGCUGUACGAGCAAGGCAAGAUCAAGGAGUCUCACUUGGCAAUAGGGCGCGAACGAGGAGAGCCUUCCUCAAGGACAAGCAAGUGAGCUUGGUGAGUUCGACUUCAUCCCGUACAACGCGAGUGGAAGCGUCCGCGAUCAUCAAGGCACACGAGCAUAUAGGCAUGCUUCAAAGGUGGUGCAAGAAACAAGAUGAGGUGAUCAAGAAGCUCACCGAGACAGUCAACGUUCUCAAGGAGAAGCUCUCUUGCAUCACCAAAAGCAACAAAGGCCGCAUCACCAAGCAAAACCGUGGAGCCAACGUUAAGGAGAAGCAAGCGGAAGAGAAAAACCGGCGCAUCACCACCUCCAACGUCUUCAACGGAGCCAAUCGACCUUGA